UCUUUAAUGGCUUUCAGAGAGAUAUUUAAGUUUAGCAAACAACUCUUAAGCUUUCUCAAGCCUCUCCAAUGGCGAAUCUUUCCACCGUUCUCGUUACCGGCGCUAGUGGCCGAACAGGCCAGAUUGUGUACAAGAAGCUGAAGGAGAGGUCAGACAAGUUUGUAGCAAAGGGUUUAGUUAGAACUGCUGCCGGAAAAGAGAAAAUUGGAGGAGAAGCUGAUGUUUUCAUUGGGGAUGUAACAGAUGCUGAUAGCAUUAACCCUGCGGUUCAAGGGAUCGAUGCCCUUGUGAUUCUCACUAGCGCUGUGCCUAAAAUGAAACCAGGUUUUGAUCCCACUAAAGGUGGAAGACCUGAGUUCAUUUUCGAUGAUGGACAAUAUCCUGAACAAGUUGAUUGGAUUGGCCAGAAGAAUCAAAUUGAUGCAGCCAAGGUUGCUGGUGUGAAGCAUAUUGUCCUGGUCGGGUCAAUGGGUGGAACCAAUCAGGAUCAUCCUUUGAACAAACUUGGAAAUGGGAAUAUACUGGUUUGGAAGAGAAAAGCUGAGCAGUACCUUGCUGAUUCUGGAACUCCUUACACCAUAAUCAGAGCUGGAGGACUUCUAGAUAAGGAAGGAGGUGCACGAGAGCUGCUAGUUGGGAAAGAUGAUGAGCUUCUUAAGACAGACACCAAAACUGUGCCUAGGGCUGAUGUUGCAGAAGUCUGCAUUCAGGCAUUGCUAUUCGAGGAAGCCAAGAACAAAGCUUUCGAUCUUGGCUCAAAGCCAGAGGGAACCAGUACUCCAACCAAAGACUUCAAGGCUCUCUUCUCUCAAGUUACGUCUCGUUUUUAGAUCCUUGCUGCUAUUAAGAACUUUUGAGACGUAAUGUACCAAACCUUCAAAAAUAAUAUCUCCGGGGUCAAUUUGAAAGACGCCCAUAAUAAUUAGUACGUUAUUUUCAAUUCGAAGAAACUGUUGGGUCUGAAAAUAUAAAAAUUAAACAAUGGGGAACGUUUGAUGA